AUCUGUGCAUCACCCCAUUAAGAGUCACUCCGAGGUCCAAAGGGAAGAGUCAAAAGGAAACAUUAGCCCUCCCAUUACCCGUUGCAGUCUGGCGCGGCCUUCGGUGGCGGCGCUCGCUCCUCUCAGGCCCCCAUGCAGGCUCCGCCCCGGCUGGUCUCUUCCAGGUUCUCGCGAGGUUUGAGGCCGCGGGACUGGCCCGGGUGGCUGCAAUAUGGCGGAGGCGGAAGGGGAGAGCCUGGAGUCUUGGCUGAAUAAAGCCACCAAUCCUUCCAACCGCCAGGAAGACUGGGAAUACAUAAUUGGCUUCUGUGAUCAGAUCAACAAAGAGCUUGAAGGGCCACAGAUCGCUGUCCGACUGCUGGCCCAUAAGAUCCAGUCUCCGCAGGAAUGGGAGGCAGUCCAGGCCCUGACGGUGCUGGAGGCAUGUAUGAAGAACUGUGGGAGGAGAUUUCAUAACGAAGUAGGAAAGUUCCGGUUUUUGAAUGAGUUAAUCAAAGUCGUCUCUCCAAAGUACCUGGGGGACAGAGUAUCUGAGAAAGUGAAGACCAAGGUUAUUGAGCUGCUUUAUAGCUGGACGUUGGCCCUGCCGGAAGAAUCAAAGGUCAAGGAUGCCUACCACAUGUUGAAGAGACAAGGAAUAGUGCAGUCUGAUCCACUGAUCCCUGUGGACAGGACGCUGAUCCCUUCUCCACCACCUCGUCCCAAAAACCCUGUUUUUGAUGAUGAGGAGAAAUCCAAGCUUUUAGCCAAGUUGUUGAAAAGCAAAAACCCAGAUGACCUGCAAGAGGCCAACAAGCUCAUCAAGUCCAUGGUGAAGGAAGACGAGGCGCGGAUCCAGAAGGUGACCAAGCGCCUACACACUUUAGAGGAGGUUAAUAACAACGUAAAACUGCUCAAUGAGAUGCUGCUUCAUUACAGCAAAGAGGAUUCUUCAGAGGCAGAUAAAGAGCUCAUGAAGGAGCUGUUUGAUCGGUGUGAGAACAAGAGGCGGACGUUAUUCAAACUAGCCAGUGAGACAGAGGACAAUGACAAUAGUUUGGGAGACAUCCUGCAGGCCAGUGACAACCUCUCCCGGGUCAUCAGCUCUUAUAAAACAGUCGUUGAAGGGCAGGUCAUCAAUGGUGAGGUGGCUACCUCAGCCAUGCCUGACUCUGAAGGAAACAACCACUCCAGUAACCAAGGCACUCUCAUCGACCUUGCUGAGUUGGAUGCACCAAGCAGCUCAUCUCCAGUCUUGGCCCCCGCCCCCCCCUCCUCUGGCAUCCCUAUCCUCCCUCCACCCCCCCAGACCGCGGGACCUGGGCACAGCCACUCGUCCAGCCAGGCCGAGGCCCUCCCAGGGCCCAACAGCACAAGCAGUGCCCUCUGCCUGCUGGAUGAGGAGCUGCUCUGCUUGGGCCUCACUGAUCCAGCCCCCAGUGCUCCUCCCAAAGAGUCAGAUGGAAACAGCCAGUGGCCCCUGUUCCAGAAUCAACAGUCGGACCUGGACUUCUUUGGCCCCAAACCUGGGACUGCUGCCUGUAGCCCCUCAGAUGGGCCUCUCCUCCAGCCCUCAGCACCCCCUGCAGGCAGCUCCCAGGCUCCACUGCCGCCCCCCUUCCCAGCUCCUGUGGUCCCAGCCAGCGUUCCUGCCCCCAAAGCUGGCUCCUUCUUGUUGUCUGCUGGCUUGGCCCCAUCUUCGGCCCCAAAGGCUGAGCCCACAGCCCCUGGGUACCAUGGCUCAGCUCUGGGCGACAGCACCCUGCACCAGCUGGAUGCCCUUCAUCAGCUUCUAGAAGAGGCCAAAGUGACCUCAGGCCUGGCGAAACCCAUCUCUUCCAACUUCUUCCCUGGGGCUACGACCUCCCCUCUGAUCCCCACCACCACCCCAGCUAGGCCUCUCCUCCCCUUCUCCACGGGGCCUGGCAGCCCUCUCUUCCAGCUGCCUGCCUGCCAGGCCCAGGGCAGCCCCAUUAAGGGGCUCGAGCUCUCCUUGGCCAGUGUGCACGUCCCCCUGGAAUCUAUCAAGCCUAGCAGUGCCCUUCCUGUGACAGCCUAUGAUAAAAACGGCUUCCGCAUCCUCUUCCAUUUUGCCAAGGAGUGUCCACCAGGACGGCCCGACGUGCUGGUGGUGGUAGUGUCCAUGCUGAAUACGGCUCCCUUGCCUAUCAAGAGCAUCGUGCUGCAGGCCGCAGUGCCCAAGUCAAUGAAAGUGAAGUUGCAGCCACCCUCUGGGACAGAACUCUCUCCAUUUAGCCCCAUCCAGCCACCUGCAGCCAUCACCCAAGUCAUGUUGCUGGCCAAUCCACUGAAGGAGAAGGCGAAGCUUCGGUAUAGGCUGACCUUCACCCUGGGGGAGCAGCUGAGCACGGAGGUGGGUGAGGUGGACCAGUUCCCUCCUGUGGAGCAGUGGGGGAACCUCUGACCCCAGAGGAUGCUGUCAUCUCUACUUCGAAGCCCAGACAGGCUGCCCAGAGACAAGAGGGCUCUCCAGGUCCAGUCAUUCUCCAUGUCCCAACUGCAGUGCUUAGAGCUUUGGUAUGGAAUAGGGGUCCAAGGCAUUGCUGCUGGGAGCUGAGCUGCUGCUGUGAUGAUCUUGCCUCUUUUGGCCCCCUAAAAGGACCUGUUUUUAUCUACCUGUGUGACUUGAAGUGGCCAUGUACUGUCAGGGGUGGGGAGUGGCCCCACACUCUUGUGCACUACCGCCCUGGGAACAUGGACCCUAGACUGGAGUAGGUUUUUCCCCUUGUGCUGGCAGCCCCUGCUGCCACAAGGGGGGAGGUCUCUAAAGAGAGACUCCAGGCCCUCCCUCAAAGACCAUGUCCUCACACUCCCAGAGGCCUCAGCCCCCAAUGCUACUCUGUGCUUCCCCUGCUGGCAGGCUCCUGCUCCCACCUCCAGGGAGGUGGGCAAAGCCCAGCGACCCCAAAUGGCCCUGGGCGCAAAAUAAGGAGUUGGUGUGCUGCUGAAUCUUCAACCCUGCCUUCCGCGAGCAGCAGCAUCCUGGAAUGGCCAAUGGAUGAUGAGUUGUGGGCUUGUCCCUGGUGGUAGCAGGCUGUGUCCUAUGGACAUCUCAGCAAGAUGUGGAACUCAGCCUAUCAGAAACAAAACUUGGCCUCAUGGUAGCCCCUAAACUAGGGCUAGGAAAGAAUGGAAGAGAACCAGUGUUUCCCCCUUUCCAGAAGCAGGUACUCAGAGCUUUCUGGGAAAAGUGUACCUCCUGCUGUGGGAACAGGCCAUCCUACUCACUACCUCUUGCUUGGCAUGAAAUAAACUGCUCUCCUGCCCUUUAAGUCUUUGAAGGGGAGGACAACGCCUGCCACCCUCUGCAUCCUCCUGCUUCAGCCUCCCCCCUCCUCCCACCAGAUGGCCUGUGUUGUGGCAUACGGUCGGGAACAGGAGGCCUCAGGAUCAGGCACAUUGCACUAGAUUUAUGUCCUUACCUGCUGCCCAGAAACCCUGACUGCCCCCAGCUGCUGACGGGCACUGUCAGCGAGAUGUUGGGUCUGGAGGUGGUGAGAUUAGGGGCCAUGCUUGAAUCGAGUCACCAGACCCUAUUGCUUCAACAGUGCUCAACCCCAGCUGGCUUCUCCCAGCUGCUCCAUCCACUAGAUGCAGCUGGACCAAGGACUCUAGGCCUCACGGGGCCACAGGAAAGUGAGAACUCCCAGCUGGGGAAAGAGCACACAGCUCACCUGAUCUCAGCAGGACAGGCUCAGAGCCAUCUCCAGGGAAAGGUGGCACAAACCACAUUCCCUGAUCCCUCCCUACUCCUUAUGCCAGGCUUCCUUACUCCAUCAAAAGGUCGUCUCCCCCAUCCCUCCCAUCUUUAGCAAGCAGGUUUCACUGCUUCAUUAGGACAGGUGAAAAGUGAAUUGAUUUCACUACUUAAGGAAUAAAUCCAAGUGCUUUCCAGAGACUGGCUGCUGCAGCCCUGGGAAGAUCUGUGGGAUUACUAUGUGGAAAUGUACCUUUAUUUAAUAAGCUUUAGAUGUGAAAAUUAUGAGUGUUAUUCGUUACUAUUGAGUCACUGCUUUGUGACAAAUAGCUGUACUGGAUAUAUCAACUCUGCUGCCCUUGUUUUGCUGCAUGUUAAAUAAAACCAGUUUUGCCCUACUUGGAAUCUUUCUAAUAUAGACACCAUUCACCCAAUGGGGGAAGGUGCCACUUACGAAAUUCCAAAUGUAGGUAAGUGCAUGUGCUGGCAUCCUGAGGUUUUUGUUAAAAGUAAAGUACAGGUUCCUGGGGGCCG